AUGGCUGCCAGCAAAGUAUUACUGACUGAUCUUUCGUCCGGCAUCAGUCAUGUCCCUUUGAAUUAUGUUCGACCGGUUUCGGAUCGUCCGAAUCUUCUCAAUGUUCAAUCACCGGAACAAUCGAUUCCUAUCAUUGAUCUUCAAGACCUCAACGGUCCUAACCACUCUAAGAUAGUAAAAGAGAUUGGCCAAGCAUGUCAACAUGAUGGUUUUUUUCAGGUCAAGAACCAUGGGAUACCGGAGAGGAUGAUCAAAGACAUGUUAAGAGUAUCCAAGGAGUUCUUUAAAUUGCCUGAAAGAGAGAGGUUGAAAAUCUACUCCACUGAUCCUUCCAAGACUGUGAGGCUCUCAACCAGCUUCAAUGUGAAGACAGAAACAGUUGCAAAUUGGAGAGAUUUUUUGAGACUUCAUUGUUACCCUCUUGAGGACUAUGUGCAUGAAUGGCCAUCUAAUCCUCCCCCUUUUAGGGAAGAUGCAGCUCAAUAUUGCACAAAUGUGAGAGGUCUUGUAUUAAGGUUGCUUGAAGCAAUUUCAGAGAGCUUAGGUUUACAAAGUGAUUACAUAGAUAAGGCAUUACAUAAACAUGCACAACACAUGGCCAUCAAUUACUAUCCACCAUGUCCACAACCGGAGCUUACUUAUGGAUUACCCGUUCAUACUGACCCGAACGUAAUCACAAUUCUUUUACAAGAUGAUAUUCCAGGUUUGCAGGUCCUUAGAAAUGGCAAAUGGGUUGCCAUCAACCCAACUCUGAAUACCUUUAUUGUCAACAUCGGUGAUCAAAUUGAGGUGCUCAGUAAUGGAAGGUACAAAAGUGUGCUCCAUAGGGCUGUGGUAAACCACAACAAAGAUAGAAUCUCUAUCCCAACUUUCUAUUGCCCAUCACCUGAUGCUGUGAUCAAACCUGCAGAAGAGCUAGUGGACAAAGAGCACCCUGCCCUCUACAAAAGCUAUACUUAUAGCGAGUACUACACCAAGUUUUGGAAUCUAGGGCUUGCGACCGAGAAAUGCUUAGAUAUGUUUAGAGUUUCUACAACUUAG